AUGAGCGGGAACUGCUUGAAGAGCUUGCUUUACUGUACUACCACCAAACGUGCACGCACUCGCCCUAAAGUGCAGACAGCUACAAACAAUAUAGAACCCGAGGUGGGAACGGUUGAGGAGAAAACAGAUGAAGGAGAAGAUCAAAAUGACCCAUGGAAGAAGUUAAAAGACUUUGCUGGGUCCGUUGCAAACGGUGCUCUAAAAUGGCUGACAGACAACCUCUAG